UAUGUUGGAAGAAUGUAGGAUCAAUCAUCCAUCCACCUCAAUCAUCAAUAAUCGAAGUAAAGAACAAGAGCAAGAACAAGAACAAGAAGAACCUCCAUGGCUGCUGCUGCUGCUUUUGCUCUGACAACAACGCUGUUGAUUGUCGGCUCGUAUGCUGUAACAACUCUUAAGGUGGACGACGACAAACCCCUUCAGUUCACUUACUCAGGAGACAUGGGUCCGGACAGGUGGGCGGCUCUGAACCCAAACUUCUCUCUCUGUGCUAAGGGCAAAUCACAGUCCCCAAUCGACAUUGUUACAGCUCAGGCUGUGGUUAACCCCAAGCUGAAGCCACUCGUCAGGGAAUACAACUCUGUCGAUGUCACUUUAGUCGACUACAAGUUCACUGUCGGGAUAGAGUACCCUAAUCACACAGGAGGUAUAAUUUUCGAUGGCAAGAAAUACAGUUUCAAGCAAAUGCACUGGCAUUCGCCCUCCGAGCACCGAAUCAAUGGCCGACGAUUUGCUGCGGAGCUUCACAUGGUGCACGUUGCCGACGACGGCCAAAUUGCAGUGGUGGCUACGCUGUACAAAUACGGGCGCCCGGAUCCGCUUCUUGCCAGUAUUUACAGCAAACUGAAUGAAAUGGCGGUGCGGGUUGGAAGUGAGGAGAAAAGCCCGGCGAUCCCAUUCGGGCCCUUCCACCCGCCGGAAAUAAGACGAACUCCGAAGAAGUAUUACAGAUACGUGGGGUCUUUCAGUGCCCCUCCUUGCACUGAGAAUAUUCCCUACAUAGUCCUGGCCGAGGAGCUAUCGAUAUCGGAAGAACAAGUGCAGGCUCUGAAGGGGCCUCUGGACAUGAGGUGCAAGAACAAUGCCCGGCCUUCCCAGCCCACCAAUGGCCGACCUGUCGAGGCGUACGAGGAUCACCACUGAACAGAUUACCUUGGAUUGGAUUCGGACAUACAUACGUAUUUCUGUUCUGUUCUUAUGAAUUAAUUAAGGAACAUCGAUCAAUCAAUAUGUGCGUGCGUGUGGGUAUGUAUUAAUUUCUGGUUGGACUUGAGAACUAGACAGUUGUUGCAAAUGUCGUAGCUACACUAGUGACUGAAAAUAAUAAAGAAGCAUACAUACAUACAUAUAUGUGUGUGUGCAUAUUUCAUA